GAGCGGCCAUUUUGUAAACAAAAUAUCCCGAGCGGCCGGAUGGAAGGGGGCGAAGUGCGAACCGUGCAGGGACCGAUUCGAAUGGGCGUUCGGGUUUGACGGGCAGUGCUCUCCCUGACAUUGCGGCUUAUUCUUGCUAUUCUCGCGCAACUAUCAGAAUCGUCCACCGCCGUCGAACUUGGCCGCUGCUCGUGUUUACGACUCCCUGCUCCACCAGAUCCUCUUUUAACUCUCAACCGAGCCGAGUCGUAUUGAAAACGUAAUUUUUUAUUUACUUGUUGAAUCGGUUUUUCUCCUGUUUCGAUCCGUACAUUCUUGUUGACUUUGUUGUAAUUUUGUUACCAAUAGUUUUGAUGUAACAAGCGAUGCGUAAUAUAAUGGGACUGUGCAGAUUUGUCGAAGGUAAAGGACCCGUGGGAUAUUGAUUUUUUUUUGUUCUUAUAUCCGAUUAGACGAGUUCAAAAUUUUGAUUUUAUCUAGAACAAUUAUAAAAAGGCUGAUAAAAAUGAACCAGUAUCUGCAAGAUCUCACUUAAGUUAAGGGACCUGAUUUUGACUUGUCGAGCGUUGGAUCUGUGUCGGAUACGAAGGUGACUCGAGGGAUGUACGAUUAAAUCAUGCUGGCUAUUGUCAAAGAGGAAAACGAUAAUUUGGAGGCUUUCCCGGCACAUGUAGACAGUUCGGAGGUGCGCAAUGUACCUGAUAGCCCUUCGAGCGAAAAGAAGGCUCCGCUUAAGACUUUUGCCGAUAUUGAGGCCCUUCUGCAAAACGGCAAGAGGCGUGAGGUGAAACUCGCCAUAAGAGAGAAUUCCUGGCCGUUGAAUUCAAAAGUUAGAUCUCAGCUCUGGCCCCUGCUCGCCCAUCAGCAUGUCAUCGAGAAGUCAAUAGAUCCUUCGUUCUAUUGGGACCUUGUCAAUCAACAAUUCGGAUCCAACGAAUUGCCAGACAAAAGAAUACUUCUUCCUCAGUUUGUUGAAAUGGAACAUAGACAUACCUAUCACCUAACAAAGGCAGGUAUUAAAAUAGCAGAUCGGAUAGUAAGUGUUUUAGGAUUUUCCUGUCCUGAUAUCACUUAUUCUCCAAUGGUAUAUCCGAUAACUGCUUUGCUCCUUCAUUAUAUGUCAGAAGAGAAUUGUUAUAGUUGCAUAGCUAGUCUGGUGGCGUCAAAAGAUGUGGUAUUUCUCAGGCAGACAAAACUUUUAAAUGAAGUGACUUGGCGAACUGUUAUGCAUAUUACAAGGAAACAUGUGAAAUCAGCUGCAGUGAGUCUUGGCAGACAUUGCUGUAGUUCUAGAUCAGAAAGGAUAUAUACAGACUGGAUUUGGUGGGUUCUACAAAGCUUACCUUUUGCUCACCUGGUUCGAGUAAUGGACUGCUACUUGCACGAAGGCAUCAAAGUUUUCUACAGAGUCGCAAUGGCAAUACUUGUCCUUUUCCAAAAGCAUUCUUCCAGUCCUUCUUCUACGUGGCACAAGGAAAUUCAAGAAAGUGGCGUCGAUCCAGCUUUAAGCAAAUUUUGCUCACAAAUUCCGGUGAGUCCGAGAAAACUCCUGAGAGUUAGUUUCGGCAUUAGAGGCUUAAGUUCAAACUACAUAAGAAAGGUGUUUCUAAAUACCGAGAUGACUUUAAAAAGUAAAUCUAUUCUGAGUGGACCAAGGCAGCUACUGAGAUCAAGAUCGUCUGAGAAUCUACCAACAUCGCAGUCUCAAAUCAAUGUUCGGUUAACAUCUCAUACCCUUACAGUUAGAGAGGAAACAGAGCAAAAGACUCGAAUUCUUCAAAUGCAGGGAUCUAUGAGUCAAAUGGGAGAACAUUCUCCAGGACCGAGGGUUUCUUCAUCAAUUGGCAGUUAUCCGAUCCAUAACAUCCGAUCUAUGAUUGUAGACCAGGAAGAUUUGUUCACACUAUGGUCAUGGUUACCAGUCAGGAUUACAAUGUAUCAACCUUUCCUGUUAUAUACAACUGAAGAACACGGUUGCAGCUUACAGACUUUUUAUGUGAGAGUUGAACAACACGAGCCGACUUUAUUAAUGAUUAAAACCUGCAAUAAUGAAGUUUUUGGCGCGUAUUGUUCUUCAAGGUGGUUGGAAAGGAAUCAGAAAGACGAAAGAGGAAAUCGAAAUGCAUACUUUGGAACCGGUGAAACAUUCCUUUUCAGCUUGUAUCCUGAACGGGCAAAAUAUUCUUGGGUCGGAAUGGACGAGAGCUCAGUGAAACAUUCAGCGGAAUUGUUCAUGGCUGCUGAUUCAAAAAUGAUAACAAUUGGAGGAGGUGAUGGCCAAGCAAUUUGGAUGGAUGAAAAUAUCCGUUUUGGAAAAACAGAUAGUUGUUUAACCUUCAACAAUCCACCUCUUUGUGCUGGGCGAGAUUUUGAAAUCAAGGUUCUAGAAGUCUAUGGUUUUGGGACCACAUAGAGUAAUACUUAAUCUUGGUGAAGGAGGUUAAAGAAAAACAACAAACAGCUUUAUUUAUUUAAUGUGUUAAUUAGAUAAGAUAUUAAAUUUUUUUAUUUAUUUGUUAUUUUCUUUGUUUCUGUUAAGUAUUAUAAAAUGAUAGGAGUUUGUUGUCGAUAUAUUGCAUGUUUAUAAAAAAAAAAUUCCUUAUAAGAGAAGCAAAAUGAAUCUUAAAUCUAUGUUUCGUUCAAUUAAAUCUGAUGUCAUUUUGAAAUAGACUAUACGUCUAAUAUUUUGUUAGAAAAAUUAUCAUUUACCUUCACAUUUAGGAAUUUUCAUUAUAUUACUAUGUUUAUGCUUAAAAUUAAAUUUAACAAUUUGUUACGUUUGUAACAGAAAUCCAUACAUUCCAAUUUAACUUUUAUUUUAAAAGUUAGGUAUUAAAUAAAACUUUGCUGCAUGAUUAAUUUUGAUAUUAUUAGUGUAUUUUUUUUCUUUUUGAAUUUGAUUAUAUAUAUGUUACAUUAUCCUAAUAAGCUAGUCUUUAUAUGCAUUUAGAUAAAUAUCAUCACACAAUAUCAGUAACUUGUGACAAUUAAACGAAAAAGUUAAUAUUGUGGAUAAUCACGAAGAAAAUAUGCAGUAUGCAGUAAUUAACGUAAUGUAUUUUUUCUAUGAAAAAUAAAUUAAUUAAAGUAAACAAAAGAGACUGGCAUAGAUUUUCUCUAUUUUUUUCUUUUUUCAGAUAAAAGUUUAUAAAAUUUAGAUUUUUGAUAUAUUCAUGUAUCAAACAAAGAACAAAAAAAAACAUUCCGGUGUAUUUACAAAUUUAUUAAGUGAAAAGUGCUUUAAGUAAUUUGUUUGCCAGUAUAAAAUAGUCAGACCUUUAUUAAAUGAAACUAAAAAUGUAAAUGUACUUAGAAACAAUAUAUAGGUUGUUAUUUUUGUUUUGUAUAUAAUAUAUAUGUAGAUCUCUGGUAGUGACCAAUCUGUUUAAGUGCCUAACGAAAAUUUCAGGUAGAAAUUUAGAAGUGCCUAGCAUUUUCUGAUAAAUGCCUUCUAGGUACAAGAACUGAUCCUGCACUCUUUCUAGAGUAGUUGAUAUUGUGAUUUAAAAAAACAAAACAAAAACUGCCAGUUUUCUUCUUUUGUUUUGCAUUCAAGCUGUGUUUUGGAUACUUAUUAAAAAGUGUAUAACACGGGACAUUAUAGUAUAUUUGUUCUUAACAAUCAUUUGUCGUAAUAAAUUGUACAGUAAGAAAAAACGAGUAAAAAUCCUUGGAGUGAAAUUAUUGUUUAAUAAUAAUGUAUUUUGUUGAUAUAUGAUGACCAA